GAUUCACGCACCAUACACAUAGCUCAGACGCGCGUGCGUCUCUUUCUUUCUUUUUACAUGAAGAUUCCGUCCAGUGUGUGGGAAUGAUCUCGGUGAUUCAUGUGUAAUAUAAUCUAUACAUGACGCCUCUGUAAACUCGUAGAUUUACAGAAAUCACCAUCCCUAUUCUUUGUAACACAGGAGGAAAUCUCUUUGUCAAAAUAAAAUAAAAUAAAAUGGAUAGCACAGACAAGGAGACCAGAUCGGACGAAAAAUGUGAAUCACUCGAGGAAGAGGAGGUGGACCCGAGAAUUCAGGGAGAGCUUGAGAAGUUGAAUCAGUCCACAGAUGACAUCAAUAGAUGUGAAACUGAGCUUGAGGAUGCCAGGCAGAAGUUUCGCUCAGUGCUGGUGGAAGCCACUCUAAAGCUGGAUGAGCUGGUGGAGAAGAUUGGGAAAGCCGUGGAGGAAUCAAAACCGUACUGGGAGGCUCGGCGGGUGGCACGACAGGCUCAGCUGGAAGCACAGAGAUCAACGCAGGACUUCCAGAGGGCCACAGAGGUACUGCGGGCGGCCAAAGAGACCAUCGCCCUGGCUGAACAGAGGCUGCUGGAGGAAGACAAGCGGCAGUUUGACUCAGCCUGGCAGGAGAUGCUUAACCAUGCUACACAGCGAGUGAUGGAGGCAGAGCAGAUAAAAACACGCAGCGAGCUGCUGCAUAAGGAAACAGCAGCCAAGUACAAUGCAGCCAUGGGCCGUAUGAAACAGCUAGAGAAAAAACUCAAACGCACCAUCAACAAGUCUAAGCCCUACUUUGAAAUGAAGGCCAAGUAUUACUUGCAGCUGGAGCAACUGAAAAAGAACGUGGAUGACCUUCAGACCAAGCUUACACAGGCUAAAGGGGAAUAUAAAUCAGCGCUACGGAACCUGGAGAUGAUCUCUGAUGAGAUCCACAAGCGCAGACAUUCCUUAGGUAUAGGCCAGCGGGAGAGAGGCGUGGGUUCAGAGGGUGAUGGCGUCAUUGGUGAAGACCUUUCGGGCUUCAAGAUGGAUUCUGAUGGAAUAUCGAUGGCAUCUGGCUCAUAUGAGGAUGAAAGCUGCAGCACUGGUGCCACGUCUGAGGAAGACUCUGAGACUCAGUCCACCAGUAGCUUCAGUUCUGGGCCAAACAGCCCUCUGGACUUAGCCUGCCCCUCCUCUUCCUCAUCCUCCUCUUCCUCUGUCUCCCCCGCCCCCUCCUCUCGACCCUGCAGUCUGGAUCUGCCUAGCACCGUCUCAUUGACUGACUUCAGUCUGAUGUCUCCCAUCCUGGGCCCACGUAGUGAAUGCAGCGGGGCCUCCUCCCCAGAGUGCGAUCUAGAGAGAGGUGACCGGGCCGAAGGGUCAGAGUCUGAACUUGACAACGCUCUCAAUAACAACCGCAUCAGCAGCACCAAAACAACCUUUGGCCUGGAUAGCCGUUUCCAUCUGCUAUCUCUAAAAUUCAGCCGGACAGAGAGCAGAAAAAAUGCGGACCGAGGCCCUCUUGGUCUGGCUCAACACUCCUCCCCAACCACACUGUUGCUUGACGGGAUGUGACGGAACUAGCUGCUACAUGAGAUUGAUGUAUUUAUCCACAUGCCAUGCGUGCUAGCGAGAGGCCUUGGCAACCAUCCAUCCUCUCCUUCACCAGUGUCAUCAGCCCAUUCCUCUCACUGUCUAGAAUGAUCUGCCAACUUUCGGAUUGAAAUGUCACUCGAUCUGACAGGUGUUUGAAAAGCACUGACAUGAUGUGCUGCAGAGACAAAUCUGCCGCUUGGAGCAGCCUGUAAUUGAUGUGCUGUCUCAAGUAUAAUGUCUAAAUGAAAGACAAAAAUCACUCCGAAUCAUGAACUUCAAGAACAUCAUAAAAUUCCCAUGCAUUCUAGAUAUGAUCUGAAUGGAGAAUGGAGUUUGGGGGUCACAAAGUUCUUGAAAGCACUUGUUGAGGAAAAAAGCACUUGUCUUUUCACUGGAGGGCUUUAUGAAAUGCAUAAAAACAGCAGAUUAGAUAUACUAUAGAUUUAUGCCACUCGUUGUCUAUAAUGUCUGUUGAAACUGUCACAGAAUGGUAAAUAUACUGAACAGUGCCAUUUUGUGUGGCGGUAUAAUGUUACAACCAUUUAAGUUACUGUGUAGUGUAGGACACCUUUGCAUGACUUUGCUUUAGCCUGGAGCUCAACAGACUCGCCAACAUACAUAUUACAGACAAAAAGAAGUGUCCAUCUUCAAAAAGGAUUCAAAAUCUUUGAAGGAACUUUCAACUUCAGCUUUUUUUCUGCAACGAGUUAUGAGGAAGUGAAGCCAACCACCUGCAUUACAGGUCACGUCCUCAAUGUUAACUGGAAAUCUGCAGACGUGGCGAGGGGUUUUACCUACAUUGUCCCUCCGAAAGCCAAAUGCGUGAGCCUUCCUACACGGCUAGACAGUGUGCAUGCCGCACUAUUUUUCUAUGUAAAGGACCAUCAUCAAUUCUUUAUAACAACAUAUAAAAAGAAAAAGAGCAAUAGAUGCAGAUUCACACUCUCUGUGAGUUUAAAAUGUAAUAGAAUAUGGAGGAUGGUUCAGAAAGGAGCAUAAUAAGCUCCAUGGAUUAAGUUUUAUGGGGAACCACAGAUUUGGCUGGUUUGAGUGGUGGAUUGGUGCACUGAUGAGGUGGACACUUAUUGAAUAUUCCAUCAAGCUUCUAUGUACAGUAGUUGCUGCUGGAUUUGGAGAUGUACUUUAGGUCUAAUCAGGACAGUAGGUAGACUGUAAGGUGUUUGUGUAUGACCUUGUGUCUUGUCUUUUUUUGCCUUCUCAAAAUGUUCUUCACCAGAUUGUUCUGUUUUUGGUCUGUUGCUAUUUUGAGAACAGAGGAUAAGAAAAGAAAACAUUUACCAGUAUUUGUAAGUGAUUUAUGGCAUUUAGUGUAAUUGUUUUCAGACUUAAAAUAUCUACUGCAUUUUUGUCAAGUGCAAUAAUUACUGUUAGCAGUGACUGUCUUAUAUUUAGCAGACAACUUAAUAAAAAAAAAAAAACGACUUACAAAUAAAUAGGUUUAUUCCUGGUUAAAAACAAGUUAAGCGCUAUCAAUAGCAUCUGUCACGUGUUGAUUUCCACAGAAAAUAAUUUGUAGUCGCACCGCAGUUCGUAAACAAAUUAUGCACUUACAAUUAAAGUCUAUGGGGCAAGCAUAUAAUUGUUUCCCCAUAGACUUCCAUUGUAAGUACAUUUCUGUACACACACAUUUUUUAAAUAUUGUUUCUAAGAUAAAUUGAUAUUUAAAGGAAAUUCCAGGUUCAAUACAAGUUAAGCUCAAUCAACAGCAUUUGUGGCAUAAUGUGGUUUACCACAAAAAAUAGUGACUCGUCACUCCUUUAUAAAAAGCUAAAAUCAAGGUUACAGUGAGGCACUUGCAAUGGAAGUGAAUGGGGCCAAUUUUUGGAGGGUUUAAAACAGAAAUAUGAAGCUUAUAGUUUUAUAAAAGCACUUGCAUUAAUUAUUCUGUUAAAACGUGUGUUUUAUUUGAGCUGUAAAGUUGUUUUAAUCGUUUUUACUGUCUUUUUAGGGGUUACGGUGUAACUUCGUCAUGGAAACGAAGAAAAUUUUUUCUAUUUUUACACUGGCGGCCAAAAGUUUGGAAUAAUGUACAGAUUUUGCUGGUUUGGAAGGAAAUUUACUUUAAUUCACCAAAGUGGCAUUCAACUGAUCACAAAGUAUAGUCAGGACAUUACUGAUGUAAAAAAACAGCACCAUCACUAUUUGAAAAAUCAUUUUUGAUCAAAUCUAGACAGGCCCCAUUUCCAGCAGCCAUCACUCCAACACCUUAUCCUUGAGUAAUCGUGCUAAAUUGCUAAUUUGGUACUAGACAAUCACUUGCCAUUAUAUCAAACACAGCUGAAAGAUAUUUUCUUUGUUAAAUGAAGCUUAACAUUGUCUUAGUUUGUUUUUGUGUUGCCACAGUAUGCAAUAGAUUGGCAUGUCUUAAGGUCAAUAUUAGGUCAAAAAUGGCAAAAAAAAGAAACAGCUUUCUCUAGAAACUCAUCAGUCAAUCAUUGUUUUGAAGAAUGAAGGCUAUACAAUGCUUGAAAUUGCUAAAAAACUGAAGAUUU